AUGGAGGCCUCAAUUGGUGCUCUUCUCGAAAGCUAUUCGCCUUUCGAACUUGAUAAGAGUCGACUAGAUCGAUGGCCUGACUUCAAAUCUUUUUCGAUAGAGUGGGGUCCUAGAACAUCUCAUGGAUCUUUGAGCAUAAAUCAACACAUUGAGAUGCUAGUAGAUGUUCCGUUCUUGAAAACUGCAUUAGAUCGGCUUCCAGACGCAAUUUACAGGUUACAGAGCCGAUCAAAUGGCAAGAUUGGAGAAGUAGAGAAAAUGCAACUUUGCACAAAGUGUGUGACAGAUCUUGCAGAAACAUUCAAACGACUAUUGGACGUGGGCGAUGUUCAGCCUUACUCUAAGCCAUUAAUUUACAUGUUCACUAUUCUAAGCCCCUACAUACAAAAGCUCCAGAUUGAGAUUAAAAGUUCAGGAGGAUAUGAUUCAGGUCGUCCUUGGCGGUCGCAAAUCUUCCCAGAGGCAAGUCAUCUCAAAUUUAUCUUGCUUAAAGAAUUCCACCACGUUACAGUAUCAGCCCGCAGAUCAAAGCCCGAGAGAGGCCAUUUCCAUAUCAAUACUUUCCGCAGAACAGCACGAUCUUUUUGUGAGAAUACCUACCCUGAAGAAAUUGAAACUCCGUGGCUAUGCAUUCAGCCUAUCGACGGUUCAGUCACUCCCCAAUUUCUUGACAAACUCAUGGAAGGCAUCUUUGUGCAAGAAAAUAGCUUGGAGUCUCUGUCUUUGAUAGGGAUCCGUAGAUCAAUAUCGGACCAUACGCAUCUUGGGGAGAAUGAUAUUCAACUAGUGUUUUUGGUCUGCUAA